AAUAAAAGACUGCGCACACAAAUCCAGUUUAUUGAAUAAACAAGUAAAGAAAUAUAAAGCUAAGUUUAAAAAAGCAAUUAGCAUUUCUUGUAAUAACGACCAGUUGAAACGCGCUGGCGAUUUUUUAUGACGUAAUCCGGCGCCGUGUGUCGCGUGUAGCUGAAGGAAAAUGGCUGCCCCCAUAGCCCAGCAGCUCGAAGAUUUGUUAAAUCCCUUACCAAAAUUCGCGGACCCAGAAGACGACCAGGAUGAAGAGACCCGAGCCAAGGUGAUAGAGGCGUUCGACGAGGGAGAAAACGAAGACGAAAGUAGCAGCGGCCUGCGGAAACGAGCUUCCGCCCCGCUGUCCGAUACGGACCGGCGGUACCGGGGCAGGGUGACGUCGCGUAGGAAGCUGCAGGAGGAGACUGAAUCUUCUGGAGAUGAAAGUAAGGACGCUGAUGAAGACGAUGAGAGUGAAGACCUCAGUGAUGAGGAGGUGGAGCGGGACUUGGAUGAAGAGGAUGAUGAGAGUGAAGAGGAUACCGAGAGCUUUACUGCUUGCACAGCAGAAGCAACCACCAUGAAGACCCUGGUGAAGAAGAUGAAGGAGACGGACAUUACCUUCCCCGCUGAUGUAGACUUCCGCAAGCUAACCGAAGGUAUGGAUGAUGCUGGGGACAGUGAGGAGGAUGAGGAUGAAGACAAAGAGGAUGAAGGGACAGAGGAAGAUGAAAGCGAAGAACUGGAAACAGAGGAGGACAUGCAAGAGGAUGACUUGGAUGAGGAUGAUGGUGCUGUGAUGACCUUCUCCACGGCGAAGGUCAGUGAGGAAGUGGAAAAGGGGCAAGCCGUGAAGAAUCAGCUUGCUCUCUGGGACCAGCUUCUAGAAGGACGAAUCAAAUUGCAGAAGGCUCUGUUGACAGCCAAUCAGCUGCCCCAGUCGCACACUUUCCCAGAGUUCAAGGCCAGAGGUGGAGCAGACUUCACUGACGCACUGAAGAACAGCCACAAGGCUCUGAAGGCCCUCCAGAGGUCCAUCCUGGAACUGCAGGACCACCUCCUGUAUCAGAACCCAGAAACCAGACCUGUCGUGUUGGGCAAAGCCGGUCCAAACAGUGAGGGUGAUGAAGUGUGCUCUGAGGAGGGAGAGGAGGAUGAAGAGUGGCAGGGACCCCCGAAGCGCAAGCUGGAAAUGGCGGACUACCCCGAACUCAUGGCGAAGCGAUUUGCUGCCUUCAAACCAUACCGCAACGGCACUCUGCAGAAGUGGCACGACAAGACCUGCCUCACCAUGGGCAAGACCGGCAAGGGCUUCGGAGCUUUCGACCGGAACAUCCUGACGCAGGUGGAGCAGGUCCUGUCCGAACCGGAGCGGCUCAUCCGUCGCACCCAGAUCAAACGCUCGGAGUACCGUGUGCUGGGGGGGCCGUCCUCCGCCUCGCCUGGCCCCGCCCCGGGGGGGGCCACCACCGAGGGCGAGGAGUUGGCUUUGAAGGCCAACGCGCAUCUCAAAGACCUAGAUCAGGAAAUCUUCGACGACGACGAUUUCUAUCACCAGCUUCUGAGAGAGCUAAUCGACCGCAAGACGAACGCAGCCGACCCCAAUGACCAGGUGGCCAUGGGCAGGCAGUGGCUGGCGAUCCAGAAACUACGCAGCAAGAUUAAAAAGAAGGUGGACACCAAGGCCAGCAAGGGCCGCAAGAUCAGGUUCCAUGUUCACAGCAAGCUGGUGAAUUUCAUGGCCCCCAUCGACCACAGCUCCAUGAACGACGAUGCACGGACGGAACUGUACCGCUCGCUCUUCGGGAAGAACUCCCGCGUUGACGAGGCCCCGCGGGACUGAGGCGCCCCGGCUGAGAGACGUGCGAUUGAGCCGAAUGGGAUUUGUACUGCUGCCCAACACAUCGCCUCCUGCUGGACGGACGCGCGUUCAGCACCUUGCGAACCGAACCGGCCUGGAUUGCGGAAGCCGAACCCCGACGAGUGCCGCCGGGACUCCACUUGUCCUAGAUAAACCCACUCGGCCACCUAAUCCCUGCCAGGGAAUCGGCAUGGUGCUGGACCCUGUAGCCUCAAUCAGUGACGGGCAAACUGCAAGUCCUCCUCAAUCCCACAAGGCUUUGCUGUCCCAUUUCUCUGCUAGCCUGCCAUGUCUCUGCUAAAAUCCCACUACAGGAAGUGCCUGAGCCCCUCCCAGGAAACAGGAAAGCAACUGGGGGUGCACCCUGAACUUCGUUGACUGAUUAGACAUUUUUGGUAAUAUUUUUAUUAUUAAUUCCAUACAAAAUAAAUACAAGGAUCGGACAAACAUGA